AUGCCACAAUUCAAAUGCUCCGAGCAUGACCGAAACACGAGGGUGAGUGAUGUUUUCGACGUGCUAAUAUCCAGCUCGUUAAAUGUCUCAAACUCGACGGCAACUUGGCACCCGAGGCGUCGUGAUAAGAGCGUCGCCCGUAAUUGCACGCACAAAGAGGCUAUUGUGCGGCGUGCUGUGGCGUCGGAGGCGCGUGCGAGACUGAUUGUGGACGGCCGUGGCGGCUUCCCAUGGUGUGUGUACGGGAACGUAUACCGCGCGCAUGGGACGACGCGACGGGGCGGUCCGCCGUUUGCCGAGGAGACCGGCCGC